GUGUCUCCUGCCAAAGUCCACCAAGAGGCCUCUUCAUCACUCAUAUAUACUUGUGUUAGAUUUUCUCACAUACCCCUGGCAUCUAUAUAUACACAUACAUCAACAAUCAAACCCACACCCAACUCAAGUCCUCAAGAAGUUAUCACAUCAUCUACUUGCAUACCAAACUUUACCUUCAUCUUCUUUAUCAUUUCUGCUAUUUUCAGCUCCAAGAGAGUUAACAUAAGCAAAUAGCAAUGGCUAUUCGCUUUCCUGCUAUUACACAUGCUAAGCAGCUUCUUCGUCGAUCAAACAUGCUUCAAAAUCAAUCUGCUUCUAAUUUUAAAGAUGUUCCAAAAGGUCACUUGGCAGUAUAUGUUGGAGAAGACCAAAAGAAGAGAUUCAUAGUUCCAGUAUCAUUAUUGAAUAAGCCUUCAUUUCAAGAAUUGCUAAGGAAGGCUGAAGAAGAAUUUGGGUUCAGUCAUUCAAUGGGCGCUAUCACAAUUCCCUGCAGAGAAGACAUCUUCAUUGAUCUUACUUCACGUUUGAACAGAUCAUGAUCUGAAAUUCAUCAAAACACAAUUUUGUACAUUGUACACAUGAUCUUUUUUUAUUCCCCAAUGAGAUAUAAAGAUAAUUUUAGUCCUUUUACUCAA